AUGGAGAUUCUUGAAAGUGUGAGAAUAUACGUAUCAAAGACCAUAGACAAAGCCACCGCUAAUGGAUACAACAUUGGCAAUGGCCUCAAAGCAAUCGGAAUCACGAAUCAGAGAGAAACCACCGUUGUUUGGAUCAAAUCCACCGGAAUUCCUCUUUACAAUGCAAUUGUAUGGAUGGAUAUACGCACCAGCUCCAUUUGCAGACUCCUAUUCCCUCCCUUCCAAAAGUACAUCACCAAAGGGUAUGUUUCAGAGGAUGAAUCCGGAAAAAGACUUGCUCAGGUUGUGAGUGAUCCAAGUUUGACAAAAUCGGGUGUUUACUGGAGUUGGAAUAAUAACUCAGCUUCAUUUGAGAACCAGUUGUCAGAAGAAGCUAGUGAUGUCACCAAGGCACGUAAAGUAUGGGAGAUUAGUGAGAAACUUGUUGGGUUAGCUUAGUUUUGGUUAAAAUGUGAGCGAGCAUAGGAAAUGGUUUGAAUGAUAUCCGGUAAUAAAAUCACUAGCCAUUUAGAGGCUGUUUUUCUUAUCAUUAA